AUGGGUGAGUGCGGAGUACGGGAGUACAAAGCACGGGGUGAAAGACGGUGGAUAGAAGGACGACGAACAAUGUGGGACGAUGGUGGGAAAAUGAUAAGGCCAGUACAAGGUGGUCACCCGGGCGAAUUCAUUGUACCCGUUUUCCCUCCUUUGCCUUUUAAGACGCCCAGAGGAACCACAGGUAUCUACCUCACCAGCGAUCUAAGUAAUGGGAAAACUAAAUUCGGAAAGGUCCUACAAUCCAUUUCUCCCCUUUGGAACGCUAGUGCAGCGGAGGUGAUUGUGACGACCAGGCGCCUGAUCCAGCAGCAGCCAACCGCGCUGCGCAGGGUCCGAACCCCUCCUCAUUCCGGUAACGCGGCGUCAGCCGGGAAUCAAGAUGUCCCCAGCGUUUACGACGACCCCGCGCAGUGGCCACGAUCGGCAAGAGGGAUACUAGUAUUAUUCAUUUACAUUACAAGACUAGCAUCAGAUGAAAUAUUUCAAUUACCUAUUAAAACUAUAAUUAAUAAUCUCAUAAUAUCUACCAUUACCAUCCUAAUCAUAAAACCAACACACCCACUGCGUAUCACCAGUUGCCCGGGCUCAAACAUCCACGUGAAAGACCCCGACGCGGCCGCGAAAACAAAAACAAACAAGAAAAGACAGAAAAGAACGAAACAUGGACUCUUCUUUAACAUAUUUGGAGAAUUCCGACGCGGCCUGAUUCCGGUUCACCGGUUCACGGCCCAUAGCCCGGCCCGCGUCGGCGCUCUUGGCUCGUUUGGGUGGGAAAUAUCGUCUGUAUUUCCUUCGCGCCUGUCCUGCUUUACGGCGGGCGGGUGGCCGCACGGGAACGCUGCGAUGGGACAGCUACGGCCGCGGCUGCGGCGCGCCUACAACUAUACUGUGGAAUUGCUUCUCCCGGGACGCGAUUGCAACGACGAGGGAUGA